ACAUAGCACCACCAACCACCAACGUACAACAAACAGCGGAAAAAAUGCACUCUCUCACACAGGUCGCUUUCUUCGUAGCCGGAGUCGCUCUGGCCCACGCAGGAUAUUUCGGUGGAUAUGGAGGCCAUUUGGGAGGUGUCGGUUAUGCCGCUCCAGUAGCAGCAUACGGAGGUGCUGGAUUCGGCGGUCACGGAUACGCCGGCCACGGUGUCGACUACUACGCCCACCCGAAAUACGCUUACGAUUACGGAGUUAAGGACGGUUACACCGGCGACGUUAAGAACCAGUGGGAACAGAGAGACGGAGACGUUGUCAAGGGACAAUACUCUCUGGUCGAGCCCGACGGUUCCGUCAGGACUGUCACUUACACUGCUGAUGACCACAACGGAUUCAACGCCGUCGUCCACAAGACUGGCCACGCUGCUCACCCGGCCCCGCUCUACCAUCACCACUACUGAAGAAAGACCGGCUCACUUUUUUCCCUUAUACCAAAUGAAUCAGCAUGUACAAAGACCAUAUUGAUUGGAUGGCUUGAAUGAUAAAAUUAUGGAUGUAUUAUAUAUUUAUGUGUAUUUUUAUACAAAGACAAUAGAUCUAGUUUAAAUUGCAAA